AUGCGUGGACGGACGGAUUUCACGGUAACGACACAGCUAGUUCAAACGACAUUGACUGGAACACCGACAGUUGUUAGAUGCAGGUGUGGCAAGGUCUGCAAAAACCUCAGAGGCCUACGAAUCCACCAAGCCAGAACUGUGUGUGGUCGGAGAACUGAACAGCAACAGCGCGCAGGUUUGAUCCCUGGUGAGACGCAGGAGGAUCCUAGUCAGGUCACAACCCAUAGUACUGGGGACCUCUCCGCUGCUGAACAGCUCACUGCCCAGACAAGGAGUGCUACUUCGACACUACCUGGCGAGAUGAAGGAUGAAGAGGACCCGCUUCUGGAAUUACUAAGAGAAGAAGAACUAACUGAGCAAAUACACGACCUGCCGCAGCCCAAAGCCAAUCAGGCCCCAGUGGAACAACGCCAACCAAUUGACUGGCCGAAAACCACAGACAAAAGAGCCUGGAACGACUUAGACAAGGAGCUAGAUGCCAUACUGACAUCCACCAUGCAAGGACCAGUAGAUAGGAAGUUAAAGUGCAUGACAACUAUAGUCUACACGGUGGCUAAGGAGCGAUUUGGCACCAAGAAAACAAGUCGACCAAAGCCCCAGCAGACACCCAACAGGAGACAGAGUCGCAUGAAACAGAUUAGAGGAGAGCUGAAGAGCCUCAACAAGGCAUACAAGAAGGCAAGUCAAGAAGAGAGAUUGGGCCUCCAGGAGCUACGAGACAUUCUUAGGAGAGAGCUACAGACUUUAAGGAAGGCUGAGAAUGCGAGAACGGCGAGAAGAAGAAGGGCACAAAAGAGAGCGGAGUUUGUAUCUAACCCAUACAAAUUUUCCAAACAACUUCUGGACAAAGAAAGGUCAUGCCAAUUAGAAACCAGCAUGGCAGACAUCGAGGAACACCUCAGACAGGUUCACUCAGAUCCAGACAGGUUAAUACCACUCGGGGAUUGCCCAAGACUAGAACCUGUGACACCCCCAACAUCCCCACUGGAAAUUAAAGAGCCCUCGCUCUUAGAGGUGAAAGAAGUUGUGAGGAAAGCGAGAAUGGGAUCAGCCCCAGGACCAAACAAGAUACCAUACAAGGUCUACAAGAUGUGCCCUCUCCUGCUGCGUAGACUAUGGAACAUACUUAAGGUGAUCUGGAGGAAGGGGAUAAUACCUGAUGAGUGGCUUCAUGCCGAAGGUAUAUUUACUCCAAAGGAGAAGAACUCCAAACACAUCAGCCAGUUCAGAACAAUAUCUUUGCUAAACGUGGAAGGCAAGAUAUUCUUCGCCAUCUUAGCCAGAAGACUGACAACCUACCUUACCACAAAUGGGUACAUUGAUACGACAGUUCAGAAAGGUGGAGUGCCAGGCUUCUCAGGGUGUGUGGAGCAUACCAGUGCAAUCAGCCAGCUCAUUAGAGAAGCAAAGGUGAACAAAUCAGACCUGACUGUAGUAUGGCUAGACCUUGCAAACGCCUACGGAUCUAUUCCACAUAAGCUCAUCGAAUCAGCCCUCCAGUACUACCAUAUCCCUGAACACAUCCAAGGGAUGAUCAAUGCGUACUUCAGUGGAAUGAAACUGCGCUUUAUGGUUGGCGAGAAGAUGACAGCUUGGCAGAGACUGGAGAAGGGAAUAGUGACCGGGUGUACCAUCUCAGUUGUCCUGUUUGUGAUGGGCAUGAACCUCAUAAUCAACCCUGCAAACAAAGAAACCCGCGGGCCUAAGACAUCUACAGGGUUACACCUGCCAACAAACAGAGGCUUCAUGGACGAUCUGACAGUGACAACACAGACACACAUACAAGCAAGAUGGGUACUGAAGGUAUUGGAGGAGGCAGCCACCUGGGCUAGAAUGAAUUUCAAACCCAAGAAGUCCAGAAGUCUGGUAAUCAAGCGCGGAUCAGUCACAAAACGGUUCACCCUACAAGUCCAAGGGGAAGACAUACCAUCAAUUAUGGACAGUCCCAUAAAGUGCCUGGGCAAGUGGUUUGAUUCGAGCCUUAGUGACAAAGCAAACGUAGAGCGCAUCAGAUCACAGCUCCAGGAAGGGCUGAAACAAAUCGACAAAUCCGCUUUACCAGGAAAGUUCAAGGCAUGGCUCUUCCAGAAUGCACUUCUCCCCAGACUGAUGUGGCCCCUUAUGCUAUAUGAAAUACCUACAUCCUCUGUCGAAUGCUUGGAGAGAAUGAUCAGCAGACACUUGCGCCGAUGGCUGGGAAUACCACCAAGCUUCACCAGCAUCGGAUUGUAUGGGCGAUCGAACCAGCUACAACUCCCGCUAUCAUCACUAGUGGAGGAGUUCAAAGUUGCAAAGACACGACUGGUAGUGACGCUCAAGCAAUCGCAGGACAGUUCAAUCCGAAAUGCUGGGAUUGAAACUAGGACAGGGAGAAAGUGGUCAGCAAGCCAAGCAGUCGAACAGGCCGAGAAAAGACUCCAGCAAAAAGACAUUGUCGGCAUCACAGCUGUAGGCAGACAGGGGCUAGGCAGCUCCAAGAUAACAUUAUGGAGCUCUGCUGGAAAAAUGGAAAGGAGGAGAAUGGUGCAAGAUGAAGUCAGAGCAGCAGAAGAAGAAGACAGAAGAGCGAAAGCUGUGGCUAUGGGUGCCCAGGGUGCGUGGACGAAGUGGACAACGACAGAAAGAAAACUGACCUGGGCUGAUAUUUGGAGCUACGAACCACUGAGGAUAGCGUUCCUGCUCAGAUCAGUCUAUGACCUGCUACCGUCACCCUCAAACCUGCACAGAUGGGGUCUACAGGACCACCCCAAGUGCCAAUUGUGUGACAAGACAGGAACCAUGGAACAUAUUCUGUCAUCGUGUACCACAGCCCUCACCCAAGGACGCUACAGGUGGAGACACGACAGUGUUCUUCAGGAACUCGCUGACAAGUUGGAGCGCGAGAGGACCAAGAAGAGGUCCAGACAGAAACCCCAAAUGAUUCAGUUCGUGAAGGAAGUACAAAAGGCGCCUAAAAAACUGCAGCCUACCAGUUCUGUAUUAGAUGAAUCUGAUCAGUGGGAAAUGUCUGUUGACUUGAAGCAAAAGCUUGUGUUCCCGAACAUUAUCCAGACAACAUUAAGGCCUGACAUUGUGUUGUGGUCCACUAAAGAUAAGUGUCUGAUCAUGGUUGAACUGACAGUCCCUUGGGAAUCUCGUUGUGAAGAGGCCUUCGAACGGAAAAAGGCCACGUAUACAUACCUGCAAGAACAGUGCAGAGAGAAAGGAUGGCGAGUGUGGCUCUACCCUGUUGAAAUCGACACUAGAGGAUUCCCAGCACAGUCGCUGUGGAAAAUGUUCAGUGCCUUGGGCAUCAAAGGAGCAGACAGGAAGAGAGCAGUGGGCAAACUGAGCCUAGCAGCAGAAAGGGCAUCCACGAUAAACAUGCCGUAUGUGGAAAUGGCAAGCAGAUCUGCCACCGGAUUCUUUGAAUGCGCUGCACUUUGCAAUGAUGCCUGUUGGUUCUUGAAGUAUUCGGGCAACGGAUCCGGCUCAGGCACGUGUGACCUGUUCACCCUAAAGGACGCAGUCUACUCCCAGCUGAGAUUCGUAAUUAGUUCAAAUCUGUACAAAAAGAAACAAAUACAGCAUUUCCCUGCGCACAAUGACUAG